CUUUCAAACUAGUCGACAUAGCCACAUGUUGCUUUCUCUAUAUAUGUAUGUUGAGCACUUAAGUCUGACGCCAGCCAAGCCUCAAGUCCACGAAUAAUGGACUACUUUUCAAAUGAUAACCUCAACUCAACUGGGUCAUCAUCUUCUGUGAGUAGCACCAGCAAGGGGAAGAAGAGGGUUGGAAACAGAAGCAAAGGAGUGAUGAAGCUGUCGACUGAUCCCCAAAGCGUGGCUGCUAGAGAAAGGAGGCACCGAAUCAGUGAUCGUUUCAAGAUCUUGCAGAGCUUGGUUCCAGGCGGAACUAAGAUGGACACAGUGUCGAUGCUAGAUGAAGCCAUUCACUAUGUGAAGUUCCUUAAGGCUCAGAUAUGGCUUCACCAAAACCUUAUGAACUUUGUCGAUGAAGACCCCUGCAACUUCCUUCCAACUCCUCUCCAUUUCCAAGAGGAUUUUACUACUUUCAACUCAAACAUUACCAACUACUCACCAACUCCAGUAGUGCAACCAUCAGUUGUUGUUCCGUCACCGCCACCACAACCACCAGCUUUGGAGGAUUUCAAUAGCUUCCAAGGUCAUGAGGAAACAAUGUACUUUGACAACCAUAUGAAAUACUAGUUAGCUUCGAACUUACUCUCUUUCUCUCUCGUUAUGACAGUGUAGGUGUCUGUAUGGUCGUGUGGUGAGGAGCUAGCGUACAUACUUUAAGAUAAUGGUAAAUGAUUAUAAGUAGUAGGUUUUGUUCUGUGUUUAGGAACAAAUAUUCUGAAAUACGUUAUGUAUGACUAUGGAAACUCCCAACAAAUCGUCUUCUUGUAGCUCUAGGUAUGGAAAAGAAUCUCCUGCGCCGAAUAGGUUACAUUAGGCUGUUGCUAUAUAUCUUUUACUCUUAUUGGAAAUUUGUGUGAAAACAGUCCAUAUUAAUCACUUCCACAUGAAAUUUUGACUA